AUGACUGCGGUCGUACCCAGGAAGCGUAAAUUCGGCUUUUUCGAGGAUGACAAGUCUCCUCCCUCGGCGAAUCCCGCGACUACGCCCUCGCGCACGCCCGCGGUUGCGACCUCUACUACUGCUGGAGCUAUAAUAUCGUACACGCAGGGACCCACAAAGAAAAAGAUGAGGGUUCAGCUGCAGAGCAGCCCUCCGACAAACAUGCAGGCGCUGCUUCGACGUACAUCGGACGCGCUGACGAAGGCUCGCAAUCCUCGCCAGCAUAAUAGGGGACACGGCGCCAUCGCUAGCGAAAACACCGAGUCUCCAGCGGACCAGCUUGAGAACGGGGACGACCGUGCAAGUAAGCGCAUCCGUACAACUGCGAACGCUCUCUGGACGCCUGUACCUGCGGCACCCGUUUCGACUCUCAUCCCGAGUCCUGCGCCUAUAGUCCCAGCCGCACCAACUUACUCCGUAUCCACCAGGUCACUUGCUGCAGCCCUAUCCAUGUACCCCGGUGCUCCCGAUCCUGUCCAGUUCCCCGCGCAAGCCGCUGCCUAUCUCAGCGAAGUUCAAGGUCUCCUGUCGCGACCCGUACGUAGUCCUAUUGACUCGAGCUGCAGCAACUCUGAGGUCUCGCUUUCAUGUCGCGAUGCCAUCAACGAUUACCUCUAUGGUGGAAUUAGUCUUAAGGAUUGCCUUUCUGGCUAUAACGCGCAUGGUAGCAGUGCUAAGGCGACAGCAGCCAUCUCCAAGAACAUCCUCAAGUUCUCGCCCACAUGGUUUGCUGAACAGCACACGGUCCUACCGUUGGACGGUCGAAACAAGGCGGAGAAGAAUCGUCUCAAGGCUCUAGGGCAGGGGAAAGCCAACUUUCCAGCCUUAUCUCCCGAUACCACGCAAGACGCGGCUCAACCGCAAAAUCAGCCGAAUCCACCACAAAGCGUUCAAUCGUUGACCGAAAACUCUGCUGACAUAUCGCACUCCCCAGGUCAAGUCGUCGUCCCGGCUUCUCGUAAAAAUGGUUGUGGACCAGUGACUGUGGAACUGCUCACACGACAUCUGGAGACCCUAAUCCCCAUGUAUAUCGAUGAGAACGGGGAUUCCGAAUCAAGGUCCGGAUGCGACUUCGCCAACAACAUUGGCUCCCCUGGCGAAUCCAAUUCCGGCACUGGCAACCCUGAUGACGAAUCUAUUGCUAUGAAAGAUAGGUCGAAUGAGAACAGGGACCAUGGAUGCGAUGUUUAUUCAGAAGAUGGUUCUGAGUUCGAUCUGGGUGAGGAAUGCGACUUUCGCAACCGCAUCAUCGAACACGAUUGGAAGGAGCACGACGCUAAGGAGAUUCCGGACGACAAAAUCACCGCAGAUGACCACGUUUUGAUCACCAAAGGCUCUCCGGAAGAAGUCUAUUACGCUCGUGCUGAUGCAUUCCUCCACUACACCGAGGAGCCAAAGCUCCAUGAGCUUCGUCAAUCUCAGCAGGUAUGCAUCGACGUCUCGCCCGAAGUGUUGGGAGCGUUUGUGCACUCCAUCUCGCCGGUUCCGCGAGCCAGCCUCCCGACCCACGACCUGAAGCUCUUAGACCAAUACCUGGUCGCGAAGCACAUGAAAUCCAUUCAUGCAAUGGAUAUGGUGGUCGAUCGCCUACAUUGGAUGUACGAAGAGCAGAGCCGAUUAGAGAAGAAGCUGGAGAGGCCCCAUCCCCCCAAUAUCGCCAAUCCGAAGAGGCAGGAUGCUCACGUUGUCUGGGACGGCACUAAGUGGGAAGUGUGCCUCAACGUCUUGGACUUUGACAUCCCUACUGUGCUGGACCAAAUGGACCCAGAGAAGGAUUCCGAUAUACUUUCCCUCUUUGUAGAUGUCAUCGUGGAAAAGAAAAUGCCUCAAGAGCAGUUGGACCAGAUGGAGUUCGAACCUGCCGUUGGAGAACUGCUCACGGCGCGGUCCACAGAGCUGAAUCAUCUCCAUCGUGCAAAGCAAGGCGACUUUUGCCAUCGCUACCAUUCUCACGGCGGAGAAGAGUGUUACAAGAAAAUUGCUGAGGAUCACAGGUCGGACAGACUAGCUCGCUGGUUCUACGAUUCCAAACUUAAAGAGUACGAACAACUCAACUGGGAUGCAGAGGAUGGGGCUACCCGCCACAAGAAUACCGAGGGCAAGGAGUCGUGGAAAGGGAAGAGCCCUAGCUAUAAUCCGGAGGAGACUCUGAAGUGGGCGAAGACCCACAUGCUGGAGCAGAUUCAACUCGAGCGAAAGGAGAAAGCCGAGAAAGAGAUCGAGUGGGUAGGCUAUGAUGAGAAGAUGGGCCUUGCUCUUCUGAAUAAUUACGAGGGACAGCUCUUCGAGGCUUUCCCAUACAAUCCUGGGGUAGCAAAUGAGCUACGAGAGACGGUAAAGACACUCAACGCAAUUCAGAACGGCGCUAUUUCUAAGCUUACCGAUGAGGCUAAGGAGUACCAGGACUUCGGUGACGCUUAUCACCGUAUCCGAGAAGAGGUUCGGGAAGAUGUCUCUAUGAAGUACAAUGAAGAGCGGAUUUGGUACACGUGCGCGGCCGCGCCCGACCGCUGCGGAGUCACCGCCAAAGCUCGCCUCUUCAUAGUUUCAGCUGCGAGAUCUCUAAAGCGUAACUCAUUUCAGGUCCAUUCGGUGUCAAAACGCUGCCCAGGCCGAUGA